AUGAGUCCCCCAGUAGCAGCAGGAGGUGGCCUGCCAGCUGCAGCAGCAGGUGCUGCACAAGCAGCACCCCCCCCACCAGCAGCAGCAGCAGCACCCUUCACAGCUGCAGCAGCAGCAGCCCUCCCAGCAGCAGCAGCAGCACCCCACGCAGCAGCAGCAGCACCACCACCACCACCGCCACCGCCACCAGUGACAACCCCCGUUGCAGCUCCGCCAUCGGCAGAAGCUGCAGAAGCAAGAGCAGCAGCAGCAGCAGCAGCAGCAGCAAUGAGGGUUCCAGGGCGAGCUGCAGCAGCAGCAGCAGGCCCGAGCGCCCCCCCUGCUUCUGCUGCUUCGGCGUUGAGCCUCAGCAGCGAAGACACGAGCGCAGCGACGGCUGCGAGCAGCCCGGCGCCGCAGCCAGCAGCAGCAGCAGCAGCAGCAGCAGCAGCAGCAAGGGGGCGGCGGGGGCCGCCCGGGGGGGGCCCCCGCGCAGCAGCAGCACUGCGGGAGUCGACAGACAAUAAAGUCCAUUUGGUGUUUUAUAGUGGAGUGGUUUUGACGCUGCUGCUGCUGUUCCCGCUGCUGCUAGGGUUUCAUUUGCUGUCGCCAGAGGCGGUUUCGUUGGGGGUUUUGCUGCUGCCGCUGCUGACGGCGCUGGCGCAGGCCCUUGCUGCACCUGUGGGGCCCCGCUGCUGCUGCUGCUGCUGCUGCUGCUUCCCCAGCCGCCGCACACUCGCAGCCUGCUUCAGCAGCUUCACUUCUUACGAAGUCAAAUUCAAAAUUGCUGUUUGCGCUGCAACACUCGCCCCCAUCAUCUGCAUCCUCACCAUCAUUUUCGAAGGUUUACAACGCGCUGUGGUUUGGAUGGACUGA